UCCUCGUCGCUGUUGCGAAGUCUCGCUGCGUCCGCAACCGUCAGGUUAUGGCUGCGAUCAAGUCGGUGAACUCUAAGGCUGAGGUGGCGCGGGCCCAGGCGGCUUUGGCUGUCAACAUAUGCGCCGCCCGAGGGCUGCAGGAUGUGUUGAGGACCAACCUGGGUCCUAAGGGCACCAUGAAAAUGCUUGUUUCUGGUGCUGGUGACAUCAAACUCACCAAAGAUGGCAAUGUGCUGCUACAUGAGAUGCAAAUUCAACAUCCAACAGCUUCCUUGAUAGCAAAAGUAGCAACUGCCCAGGAUGACAUUACAGGCGAUGGUACUACUUCAAAUGUUUUACUUAUUGGAGAGUUACUAAAACAAGCUGAUCUUUACAUUUCGGAGGGCCUACACCCUAGAAUAAUAGCUGAAGGAUUUGAAGCUGCAAAGACAAAAGCACUUGAGAUUUUGGAGGGAGUUAAAGUGAAAAAGGAGAUGAAAAGAGAAAUCCUCUUGGAUGUGGCUAGAACAUCUCUGCGAACGAAAGUUCAUGCUGAUCUGGCAGAUGUGUUAAUAGAGGCUGUGGUGGAUUCUGUUUUGGCUGUUAGAAGACCAGCUUAUCCUAUUGAUCUCUUCAUGGUGGAAAUCAUAGAGAUGAAGCAUAAAUCAGAAACAGAUACAAGGUUGAUCCGGGGAUUAGUUUUGGAUCAUGGUGCCCGUCAUCCAGAUAUGAAGAAGCGAGUGGAAGACGCAUUUAUCCUUACUUGCAAUGUAUCACUAGAAUAUGAAAAAACAGAGGUGAGCUCUGGUUUCUUUUAUAAGACUGCAGCAGAGAAAGAGAAAUUGGUAAAAGGUGAAAGAAAAUUUAUUGAAGAUAGAGUACAAAAAAUAAUAGACCUGAAAGACAAAGUCUGUGCUAAUUCCAAUAAGGGAUUUGUUGUCAUUAAUCAAAAGGGAAUUGACCCAUUUUCCUUAGAUACUCUUGCAAAACAUGGAAUAGUAGCUCUUCGCCGAGCAAAAAGAAGAAAUAUGGAAAGACUCACUCUUGCUUGUGGUGGAAUGGCUGUGAAUUGUCUUGAAGACCUUGAUAUAGAUUGUUUGGGACAUGCUGGUCUCGUAUUUGAAUAUACGUUAGGUGAAGAAAAGUUCACUUUUAUAGAGGAUUGUGUUAACCCUCGCUCUGUCACCUUGUUGAUCAAGGGACCAAAUAAGCAUACUCUCACAUUAAUCAAGGAUGCCAUAAGAGAUGGACUUCGUGCCAUAAAAAAUGCCAUUGAAGAUGGUUGUGUGGUUCCAGGGGCUGGUGCAGCUGAAGUGGCAAUAGCUGAUGCUCUUGUUAAUUAUAAGCCCAGUGUAAAAGGAAGAGCUCGUCUUGGAGUCCAGGCUUUUGCUGAUGCCUUACUCAUUAUUCCCAAGGUUCUUGCUCAGAAUUCUGGUUUUGACCUGCAGGAAACACUAGUAAAAGUUCAGACUGAGCAUUCAGAAUCAAAGCAACUUGUUGGCAUAGAUUUGAAUACAGGGGAACCAAUUGUAGCAGCAGAUGCAGGAAUUUGGGAUAAUUAUUGUGUGAAAAAACAACUUCUUCACUCUUGGUUAUCAGAAGAUAACCCCAUCAAAAGUUGAGGAGCACCUGUAAAGGAAAAUGACAAAGAUGGGAAACUGGACAAUAAGUGUUUUGGUUGGCUUCAGUAAAAAACAUAUGCUUCUAAGCAAUUUAUGAAGUUGAUUGUGAUUCCUGAGUACCCUGGUCUUUAGCUGUAUUAUAAAUGUUAGCCCUUCUUUAAAAAGGAGACUUUCCUUAGGGAUAUUAGGGUUGGGUUCAGAGAGCAAAAAGAAGUACAAGGGUGCUGGAACUUCCCUGCAGCCCACAGAUAAUAAGAAUAAUUUUCCCAUUGCCAUGAUUUACUAUCUUCUCCAUGUCCAGCAGAGUCCUUCACAGUACAGAACUGAGCUAAUAACAGUCACAGUGAGCAAUGACCACAGUUUUCUUCCUUCUGAGAUUUUCUCAACAUGUUCCAAUUGCUUAGUCCGAGACUCGGUUGGCAUAGCCCUGUGUCUGCUCGCUCCUUGGACCAGGAUGGAACCAAGUGUCUUGUUGGGCAGAUAGCCUGUGGGCCUGAAUCUAGCUCCUGUCCAUGCUUUGGAGAUAACUGCAGAUGCAGGGUUUCAGAAAAAGGUUUGGGCCAUAUGCUUGCUUGGCAUGUGCUUCACAAAAUCUCAAGGUGAGCCUCUGAAGCUUUCUUCUGCAGCCCUGGAGCUGUAUAUGAGGGCAGUGUUUGUUAGCAGGAAUGCUGUUGCUAUAUGGGAGUCACCAUUCAUCAAUCUUGAUUGUAGAAGGCCAUUAGUACCUUCCAUUCCUGGUGACAGCCCAAAAUGCCCCUGCAUUUUCAUAUGUCUUAUGGAAGAUGUUAUCUCUGAAGAAAGCUAACUUUAGAUGCUGACCAUUUGUACGUGUGUCAGUAUUUGGAUGGCUCAGUUCUUUGUCUUCCCUAAACUUCAGCCUCAGAAGUACUCUUUUCUGCCCUACACCCUAAUCCAGACUGGAGAAUCUAGUGGGAUAUCCUCUGGGGAGGACAGUACCGGAAACCCUCUGAGUCGUGAAGCUGUCUUUGUGGAGUGUCUGAGCAGGUGGCUCUGGAACCAUAAUACAUUGGGCAGGUGUGUGUAUGAGGGGGUCUUAUUGUCUCUGCUGUGAAUUCUCUCUAUGACCUGAGGCCAGUUACUUAACCUCAGUCUCCUCAUCCCCCUUUCUGUAAAAAUAAUAUGCCUAUGUUACAGGAUUGAUGAGAUAAGUUAAUAUGUACGAUAAAUUGCUUCAUACACUGCUCGGUCCACUCUCUGUGCUGUUUAGCUAUUAUUGUCUUUAUUAUCAUCAAUCAUGUGUGUCAGAGAAGGGUUGGCUGCACAGUUUUUAAUCUAAAUAGAGCAAAAUCAAUUAGUAACAAUAAACCUGCAAGCUUCUGGCUCUAGAGGUGAAGGAAUAGAAUUAAUGCUGCUUUGGUUGCAAAAUAGGAUGGAGUUGGAGAGUGUGCUAGGAGUGUUGAAUGUUUGCUUCCCUGCCUUUCCCUUUGUCAUUCUCUCAAGCUCUGCCCCAGAACUGUGACUGCUGAACCUUGAGUAGUGGCGGGGGUCUAAGUCCCUGGCAAAAUACAAGGCCUGGAAAGUCAUUUUUCCUUACAGGGUAGGGGAAAUACUUCUGUCUAAGCACUGUAUGCCAAGAACUCAGAGCCCCUUUCUGUCAUUUUAAAUUAAACUUUCUAGAUAUGCAAGCUUUACC